UCCGGCAGCUGAGGAAGUGGACUUGAUAUGGGACGAGGCGACAGUGUCGACGCAGGUGACAUCCCAUGCCAGACACAUACCACGUUUCCAGGCAAAGGUCGUGCAUCCGUCUGGGCGACGGACGUAUGGGAUGUGCCACGAGGUUCUAGUUUUGCUGGAAUGCCCGCCGAAACCAAUGAUCGGCACACAAUGCUGUUCAAAGCACCGUGCCGUGCAUGUCUCCCGGCCGAAAACGAGCAUGACAGUCCAUGGUGGCCGUAUACAUCUACAGGCUUGCGGCAUUUGGCACAUGCGUGUGCUUCACAUAUGACUACGCCCAGCCUGAGUCCGGCCGAUAUCUUGAGGGUGUCGUCAUCUAAGAGAUUUCCGAUGUGCGCCGACGGCAAAGCAUUUAGCCAGAUACCUGCUUCCGGUUUCGACUGGGCAAGGAGGCGGGCUCGGUUGAUUUCAUCGUCCCGGAAGAGUUCCAGCAGUGUCGACAGCGACAUGUUGCAGAGCGGUACAUCCCAUGCGCGCUGCGACUUCAAGUAGAUGGAUUCCGGGAGUUCUGCCUGACCACUUUUUACUUUCCACAAUUCCUUUGCGUUAGUGGCGUCCACGGCCGCGUGAUUGGGAAGCAGCAGCGACACGAGUCCGGAAGCGGAAUGAAUCUAUUUGUAAGUACUAUUUGUAAGAACUAAUAAUUAUAUUGAUCGUGAGAAGAGACCUUUUCACUGCCAAUGGAGAAUGGACGUGCAUGCAUCGUGGAUGGAACGGACCGGAGAAAUGGGAAUCCGUAAGCUUCGUUAAUGAUCUUACAGUUUUUAAACAUAUUACUUAAAUUUCGCUGCCCAUUAACUGUUAGAUGCUUGUUAAGAGAGUAGAGACGUAAAAGUUUUAUCCUACAAAUAACAGUUGUAACAGAUCUAGACUGUACCAAAAACACUUUUGUCAUGUUUUCCGGUCGUGUCCGGUCCAGGAAAGCGCUCAUGAAACACGGGCGUUAACGUUCCUUGUUGGAAAACUGAACUCUUCAAAAUGUGGCCGGGACGAAGUUACGUGCAGUUUAUGCUUCGAAAAGAGUCAGCCAAGCAUGCGUUUUGGACACAUUCCGCGGCGAAUCUGGUUGGAACAGCGGUGCUGUCGAUGUAUGUAGCAGCUAAGGUGGGACGAACAUUUUGACUAUGCACUGCGGAAAGUGAAUUUAAUACGGCGUCGCAAUGACAAAGGCAGCGAAGGAAGACCUGGACAUGUCACAGCGUAGGAGUCUUUAUCACGCCUGCGUGCAACCACAUUUCGACUACGGGUCGGAUAUGUGGUCACCAGGAUCUUCGACUCUGCGCGACAAGCUGACCAGAGCCCAACGGAAAGCGCUGCAGGCCAUUACUAAUUACAGGGAGUGGGUAACCCCGAGCUGUAUCAGCAAUUGCGCAUCCUGCCGCCAUUUGACCGUUGGGAACAAUCGGAAGCCGUCUCAUUAUACAAGAUCUACAACCAUGCAACAUCUUGAAAAGCCACACCGCUUCGCUCUGCUUCCAUCGUUGGAGGAUGGGAAUGAUUCCCAGUUCCUGGUACAAGGUCGCCUGAAUGGGCCUUUGUAUCCAGUCAUGGCUCGCAGUGCUUUGCGCUGUAGUUCAGCCAGUCCUUCCUUCAGUGCCACAGACGCCGGAUCUGGCAGUUACUGAAUUCGGAAGGUCAAAGUAUUGCUGGACCACCUUGCUCACCAAUUCCGUAAACUGUACGCCUCCGUCAAAAUCGUGUUACGUGACCUGAUAGCGGAAAUGUCAACCUCUACAACUACCAUCUCAUCGUCUCAAGAGGAAACCCGGGAGGUUGUGGUCAUCCGACCACUAAAGGUGGUGGCAUUCAUCUGUGGACUGUCAGUGUUGGUGCUGAUGAUUAUUUGUGUGGCGGCCAGCACCUGGCUGGAUUCCGAGGGAUUUCAUCAGGGACUGUGGUAUUACUGUGUACAGGAGAAAUACGAAAGUCCACUUCCGCCUGGAAUACCGGAAACCAUUGGCUGUUACACUUCGCCCAACCGAGAUUACAUGCUGGCUACCGGAAUAUUAUGCGCGAUUACAAUAGUCUGGGAUUUUGUAGCCACAUUCCUGCUUGCGGUGGCACUCUGCACCAAAAAGAUUGGCCGAAAAAUAACCCUGUAUCGAUCGGCUAAAAUUUGCUUUUUCUUUGCGCUGAUAUGCUGCGUAGCGGGAUUGGUUUUAUUUGCGGUGAAAUUUGCCUUAGAAUUCCGCCUAUGGGGACGAAGAACGUUUGAGUUCGGAUGGGCGUUUGGGAUGGGAUGGGGCGCGGUGGUCUUCCUAUUCGGCGCACUACUGCUGCUGUGCUGUGAUCGUGAAACCGACACCGUGUAUUAUGCUGAGAAAACGAUGGAUUCAGGUUAAGAAAAUUUGCGACAACAACGCUGUGCACAAUUGCCACGGCCAAGUGAUCACUCGCUCCUCUGGAAAUAGACGCGCCGAAAUGAUUGAACAUGGACCGAAUUGAAAAGACACACUCGUCCCGGGGCAACGGCACUGUGUGCGUGUGUGCACGUUACGCGUUAGCACGAAGGAAGUCGUAUCCUUAUGAUGUGCUUCCUGUUGGGAGUGUAUAUUAUUCCCAUUGUGCAGCCCUAAGCCAAGGCAAUCAGCCUUUGCAGUUGGGCCUCUUACAUAAUCGCAUUCGUUGCUGGCUUCUCCCGUUGACGCAUUUGCCCGUUUUGAUCUCCAGCAUGUGCUUGCUGGAUUAUUUCCUAUGUUUCUGGAUGGGUUGCUGAUGGCAUUUCUCGCGGAUUGGGGACAGGGCAGAUGUGCAAAUAGCUUUUCCAACAGUAUUAUCUGUGUUUCGAAGAUUAUCGGCCAGAUUAUUAUUAUACGUGUUUUACAGAAUGGUUUAUUGGUGUUGCGUCCGGCAGAUAACGGCUAAUCUGUAUGUACAGUGUUAAUUACUGCAUUCAGUUUGAUUUUAUGUGCAGUUAAGAUUGUUUUUGUGCAUUCUUCUUCUCCCAGCAAACGAUCCCGGCGAUCAGUUUAGUAUCAUGUACAUGGCUGUUUUGUUCUCCCAUGCUGCAGAUACAUGAAACUGGCUAUUCCGACAUUUUGCGAGCUGUGAUUAAUAAAAGUUA